UUUUCCCACACAUGGUGAAAAAGCUGAAUACAGGCCUGCAUGUGACCAUUAUAAUGUUCCUCUGUGUGGCCAUUUCCUUUUCUCUGGUCAGUUUUGGAUUCUGCAUUCUUAACGCAAUAAAAGUUCCUUACCGGGCUAUUAAGGGUCCAGCAGGAGUUUGCCUUUGGAACUUCAUUGCAGGUGGAUUUCUAGUACUCGCUGUCACGAGCUUUAUGGCUGCUGUGAAACUUCAUCACCUCACAGAAAGAAUCGCCAGUUUUAGGGAAAAUGUCUUUCAAUUCGUUGUCUUAGAGGAAAGGUUUGAAGACUCUUUUUGGCUUUGUGUGGCAAGUGCCACAGCACAUGCAGUGAAUUUGCUGCUAAUAGCCAUUAGUGGGAUUAACAUCCCUAAAAUUAAGACUAAAACAGAAGAAGCAAACGUUACAGCAGAAGAUAUCAUGUACUAA